UCACGUGCCUUAUGGAAAUUUCGGAAACUCUUCAAAAUAUAAAUAAAACAACUUUAAUAAAUGAGGGGCUUAUGAAGAUUAGUACAUAACUACGUAUAGUCAGUGUAAUAUUUUGAUUUGUGCUACUUAACGCACUACAUUAUCCAGCACAGGUGCCUUGCCGGGCACUUGUUAGCGGAUAGCAGUGCCGACUGCAGGAGGGGAUCUACGAAGCUGCUUGUUGGAGUGUGCCCAAAAAUGUAAUGCAGUGACAACAGAAUUAAGGACAAUCGAAAUGGCAGCCCAUGUUAGCGAACUCGAAGUUGCCAAGAAGAACUUAACAGAGGCCAUUGGGGAUAAUGUGAAACAGUACUGGGCAAACCUAAAACUAUGGUUCAAACAGAAGAUCAGCAAGGAGGAGUUUGAUAUCGAGGCAAGGCGACUCCUCGCACAGGACAAUGUGCACGUUCAUAAUGACUUCUUGCUGGCCAUUCUUACACGUUGCCAGAUAAUAGUGUCUGCACCAGAGGGUGCUGGAUCCCUACAGUGGGCAGGAGGCUCUGCCUCAAAACCUGGCAAACCAAAAGGGAAGAAGAAGUUCUCCUCUGUCAGACAGAAGUUUGAUCACCGCUUCCAGGCCCAGAACCCCCUAAGUGCGGCCCAGCCCUUCAGCCCCCGUGAGGCGGGGCUUGGUGAGGAGGAGGAGCUACGCCUGAGCGCCCACACCCUGCUCCUUCCCACGCGUGGCCAGCUAGAGGCCCGUACCAUGGUGACCGCCUUUGAGCUGGGCCUGGACAACGUCAACGAGGACGCUGUGAGCAUGCUGGUCUACGCUGUGGAGGUUCACCUAAAGGACGUCCUGACAGCGGUCAUCUCCCGCAGGAAGGCCUACCGCCUGCGGGAUGGGCUCUUCCCCUACGCCUUCGGCAGUGACAUCACGCCUCAGCCCUACCUGAAGAACAGCGUAGCGGCUUACCACGCCGUCACAGAGUGUCCACCUCCCAGUGCGUCUCUCCCGGCUGGCCCGCCCCCCCAGGUGUCCCCUGACGAGGCCGAGCAGCAGGCCGCGCUCCUGCUGGCGUGCUGUGGUCACUCCCUCCCUGCCCCACUGCCCCCCAUCAGCAUUGCCGAUCUGCUGGAGGCCCUACAGGUACAUCGGCGAGUAGUUCCCUCGCACACUGUUUACGCCCUCAGCAUCGAGCGCAUCCUGGCCAGACUCUGGCACCCCAGCCACGAGGAGCUGGAGCAGGACCAGGUACACCGCCAGCACCUCGCCAACAAGGAGGGCCUACUCAUCUACUGAACACAGCCAUCACCUGCCCAACAAGGAAGGCUCACAGAUCUACUGAACAAAAAAGCCUUUGAUCUCCUGAGCACGGCUGUGGGGGUCUAAGAUACUGACUGAGAGAACUUGUUUCACACCCAGCCCGCCUCCACCUGUGGGACCCAGCAACGCGUUUACACUUUAACACUUCCACCGGAUGCACAUCACCCUGGGAACAGCGCCACCGUGUGGCGAUUUUGCUGCCCGCCACUCCCAGCUAUAGAGACUGGGGACUUUUGUGUAUUCCAGGGAGGCGUGCAUGGCUGAAAUGAUUUUGGCUGAGCACAUGCUACAGAUUAUGAACGUCAUCUGAGGUAAUCCUGCCUCCUCUGUGGGAAUUGAACAGGCGGUGAGGGCUCCUCUAGUGGACUGAAGAGCGCACAGUUGGGUAUAGCCAGAUUCAGAACUGGGGGGGGAUCUCCUUGAAACUCCUGUUAUAGGUGUGUGUUCACAAGGGAAACACUUCAUAGGGGAAGCAUUUUUGAGUUCUCUUUGUCCGUUUUCUUUUCUAUUUUCUCUGUUUAGCAGGACCAUUGCUGGUGUAUCACAGUGCUUAUGCUGGCUUCCAUGGGUCAUGUUCAAAGUAGCUCUUUUAAAGAUGUCUCGUCAUGGAUGCUCUUAUAGGAUAUUUUUCUCACAAGUACCAAAUCCUUUCAGAUGCUCUUUGACCUCACCCAGAAAAUGUAAAUUUUAUAUGCAAAUCUGAGUACAAUAACAGUGGUAGCCUAUAAAAUAAAAAAUAUGCAGAAUAACAAAAUGUAGGCUUUCUGUCUUUCAGGCUAGGAAGUCAAAGAAUAACCUUUUGAGCACACCCAAAUUUGAUGACGUGCUCACUAA